AUGCCUGAACCACCUCCACCACCACCCUCCAAUGGCCGCCGUGCCUCGAUUUCUCAGGUGCCUGAGGCAGCUCCGAUCAGCCGCUCGUCCCGCCACACGCCGUCGUCUUCCUCCUCCUCCCUCUCCUCCAUCUCCUCUCUCGGAUGGCCGCCGUCUUCCCCUCUCUUCAGCCCCGGCACCCCCCACGGACUCAUCCCAUUUUCCUGGGAAAGCUUUCCCGGAAUCCCCAAGGAACAACAGCAAGAGCCACAACAUUACAAGAAAAUCACCGACGCUUCACUGGGUCUCCUCCCCUUGCCCCCCUCCAAGCGAUUCACCGAUCUCCAACUACAAGAUAUCUCCGAAGAUCCAUUCUUCGCAGCCCUCGUGGAGUGUUCCAGAGACGAUAUCGUUCAUCGCAGAGACCCAAUCGGCGGCGCCAAAUCUUGGAAUCGAUCAACCGUCUCCAGGACUCUGAGCGAUCGCUUAGGAUUCGUGACCAUUUACUCGUCCUGCAAGAGGGCUUGCUCCGUCUCCGACUCCAUCACCCACCUUCGACGGCCACGAACCCACAAGGGUUAA